AUGUUCGAAGAUGUCUAUUCGUCUGUUAUCGAGGUUGGCGAAGGUCACACAUCUAAACGCUACUACAUCCACAAGGACUUCCUCUGCAGCAAAAUCCCGUUCUUUGACAAAAUGUUCAACGGCGGGUUCGCCGAAGCGUCUUCGGGGAAAGCCCACUUACCAGAAGACGAUCCUGAUAUGUUCGACGUUCUUUGUCGAUGGAUCUAUACCGACGAAUUCCGGAUGUGGGAUGAGGAGAGGGAAGAUGAUGUCGAUUUCAAAACCUCCCAGACCAUUCUGAUGUACCUCUUCCUCGACAAACUGUGCAUCAGAGAGCUCGGUGACGAAAUGAUCAGCGUUCUCAUGUACUCAUGGAUAAAGUCGGAACACUUCCCUGGUCUCGAGCAUCUUACCGCGGCAUUGUCGCAGCUACCCGAGCAUUGCAACUUCCGCAAAUGCUUCUUGUAUUCCUAUCAUUUCCUCUUGAAUGGGCUCGUACUUUCUGAAAGAACCAUCGAACAAUGGCCGACUGCUGCUAUGGGCAAGAUUCUGUCCGACGACCCGGCUCUGACCUUGGAAUAUGUCGAGUUUUUGCGGACUCAGCCUCGAGGAGCCAUUGCUCAGGAUCCGCGGGAGAUGCCGUUCUGCACGUUUCACGCACAUGGGGAGGGUGUGGAAUGCCCAUUCAGGUCGGGAGAGCGAGCCAGGGAUACUACUGCAAUGAAGGAUACUGCGAAGACGACGUUGCUACAUCAGAGGUGA